GAUUGCUUUUUCAAAUUCUGUUCCAGAUACAAAAAUGUUAUUCCUUUUGGCGUCGUUGGUUGGAAUCAGUUUGGCAGCAAUUCCUCCGGCGCGUCCUCCUCCGUCACCGCAGUACGAAAAAGACGUGGCCAUUCCGAUACUGCAUCAGGCGUCGGAGGUCGGUCCAGAUGGGACGUUUUUCAAUCAGUACGAAACGGCGAAUGGAAUUGUCUACGAGGAGAGGGGGACUUUGAAGAACAUUGGACAGAAUGAUGAGGCAGCGUCCGUGCAGGGAACGGCGAGUUGGCCAUCGCAGGAUGGAACCCCGAUUAGAAUAGAUUGGCAGGCCGAUGAAAAUGGAGCGGUCUUUCAGGGUGAUCACCUACCGACGCCACCUCCGAUUCCACUUUUAAUUCAACGUGCUCUCGAUUGGUUGGCCGCCAAUCCAUCGCGACAGGAGGACGAUAAAGUUGACCUGAAAGCCCGGAGGGGAGAAUAAAUAAAAUUAUUUUUACCAAA